GUUAGCAGGAGCAGAAGGGAGGGAGCAUGGGGAACCGUUGCUGACACUUACAGGAUCUCGUUCCAAAAAAAAAAAAACGGGUGGACAGAAAUACUCCUGUUAUCUUUAACGAAGCACAGCAAAUAUUUAAAAAAAAACGGUGCUGGUAAACAUGCAGGUGCAUCAGCAUUUGCAAUUUGAACUGAAGUCCAAUUGCGUAUAGGUACGGCGGAGGCCAUUGACAGUUGAUGUGAAACACUCGGGAGCUUGAAAACAGACUGAUGGCGCCUGAGUGACAUGCCAUGGCCCUGAUGAUCCCCCCAGUGAAGCUUAAAUGGCUGGAGCACCUCAACAGCUCGUGGAUCACAGAGGACAGCGAGUCCAUCGCCACGCGGGAGGGCGUGUCUGUGCUCCACUCCAAACUGCUGGCCAACAAAGAGGUGGUGCUGCUGCCCCAGCAAGUGCUGUGCCUCAAGGGCCCCCAGCUGCCAGACUUUGAGCGCGAGUCCCUCUCCAGCGAUGAGCAGGAGCACUACCUGGACGCCCUCCUGGGCAGCCAGCUGGCCCUGGCGAAGAUGGUGUGCUCCGACUCGCCCUUCGCCGCCGCCCUGCGCAAGAGGCUGCUGGUGCUGCAGCGCAUCUUCUACGCGCUGUCCAACAAGUACCACGACAAGGGCAAGGUGAAGCAGCAGCAGCACUCUCCGGAAAACAACUCCGGCUCGGCCGACCUGCACUCGGUGAGCGAGAGGCCGCGCUCCAGCACCGACGCGCUGAUCGAGAUGGGCGUGCGCACGGGCCUCAGCCUGCUCUUUGCCCUCCUGCGUCAGAGCUGGAUGAUGCCGCCCCCGGGGCCGGGCCUCAACCUGUGCAACGACGUCAUCCACACUGCCAUAGACGUGGUCAGCUCCCUGCCGCCCCUGUCUCUGGCCAACGAGAGCAAGAUCCCCCCCAUGGGCUUGGACUGCCUGGCUCAGGUGACCACCUUCCUGAAGGGCGUGACCAUGCCGAACUCCGGGGCGGAUAUCCUCGGGCGGAGGCUGGCGUCCGAGCUGCUCCUGGGCCUGGCCGCUCAGAGGGGCUCACUGCGCUACCUCCUGGAGUGGAUAGAGAUGGCUCUGGCCGCUUCGGCAGUCGUCAGCGCCAUGGAGAAGAGCAAGACGCCCCUGAACCAGGAGGGGCUCAUCGGCUACGACUGCUUCAUGAAUAUCUUAAUGCAGAUGCGCCGCUCCCUGGGGUCCUCAGCGGACCGGAGUCAGUGGAGAGAACCCAAACGGACAGCUGAUGGGCUCUGCUCAUUGUAUGAAGCUGCACUCUGCCUGUUUGAAGAGGUUUGCAGAAUGGCAUCAGACUACUCCAGAACCUGUGCCAGUCCGGAUAGCAUCCAAACAGGAGAGGCGCCCAUGGUGUCGGAGACAUGCGAGGUCUAUGUCUGGGGCAGCAACAGCAGCCAUCAGCUGGUGGAGGGCACCCAGGAAAAGAUCCUGCAGCCAAAACUGGCACCAAGCUUCGCCGAUGCCCAGACGAUUGAGGCCGGGCAGUACUGCACCUUCGUCAUCUCCUCUGACGGGUCGGUCCGGGCCUGUGGAAAGGGAAGCUACGGAAGGCUAGGUUUGGGCGACUCCAACAACCAGUCCACUCUGAAGAAGCUGACCUUUGAACCCCACCGAGCCAUCAAGAAAGUGUCAUCCUCCAAAGGCUCAGAUGGCCACACCCUGGCCUUCACGACCGAGGGCGAGGUGUUUAGCUGGGGUGAUGGGGACUACGGCAAGCUGGGCCAUGGGAACAGCUCCACGCAGAAAUACCCGAAACUCAUCCAAGGCCCCCUCCAAGGAAAGGUGGUGGUGUGCGUGUCUGCGGGGUACAGGCACAGCGCUGCCGUCAGCGAGGACGGAGAGCUCUACACGUGGGGGGAGGGAGAUUUCGGAAGACUAGGUCACGGAGACAGCAACAGCAGAAACAUUCCUACUCUGGUGAAAGACAUCAGCAAUGUUGGAGAGGUGUCUUGUGGGAGCUCCCACACCAUUGCACUGUCGAAAGAUGGCCGCACAGUUUGGUCCUUUGGUGGAGGAGACAACGGGAAGCUUGGCCAUGGGGACACAAACAGAGUGUACAAGCCCAAAGUUGUGGAGGCCUUGCAGGGCAUGUUUAUUCGUAAGGUGUGCGCAGGGAGCCAGUCCUCCUUGGCGCUCACCUCCACAGGACAGGUUUACGCAUGGGGCUGUGGGGCAUGCCUAGGGUGCGGCUCCUCUGAAGCCACUGCGCUCAGACCAAAGCUGAUUGAAGAACUGGCCACCACAAGAGUGGUGGACAUCUCCAUUGGUGACAGCCACUGCCUGGCUCUGUCACAUGACAACGAGGUGUACGCCUGGGGUAACAACUCCAUGGGACAGUGCGGCCAGGGUAAUUCCACCGGGCCCAUCACAAAACCCAAGAAGGUCAUUGGCCUGGAUGGGGUUGCCAUCCAGCAGAUUUCUGCAGGCACCUCCCACAGCCUGGCCUGGACCGCCCUGCCCCGGGACAGGCAAGUCGUAGCAUGGCAUCGUCCCUACUGUGUGGAUUUAGAAGAAAGCACUUUCUCGCAUCUUCGCUCCUUCCUGGAACGGUACUGCGAUGGCAUCAACAGUGAGGUGCCCCCUCUCCCCUUCCCCUCAUCAAGGGAGCAUCAUAACUUCCUCAAGCUGUGUCUGAAACUCCUGUCGAAUCACCUGGCUCUGGCCCUUGCUGGAGGCGUGGCCACCAGCAUCCUGGGUCGCCAGGCGAGGCCUCUGAGAAACCUGCUUUUCCGCCUCAUGGACUCCUCUGUGCCAGACGAGAUCCAAGAGGCUGUUAUAGAGACGCUGUCGGUGGGAGCCACCAUGCUGCUGCCCCCCUUGCGAGAGAGAAUGGAGCUGCUGCACUCCCUGCUCCCCCAGGGGCCUGACAGAUGGGAGAGCUUAUCCAAAGGACAGAGGAUGCAGUUGGACAUUAUCCUGACCAGCCUGCAGGACCACACCCAUGUAGCCUCACUGCUUGGGUACAGCUCUCCUCCCGAUGCCCCCGAGGCACCCCCUGCUGGCCUGUCCUUCGGCGUCCCUCUGGACCCCACCUACGGCUUGCCCGGCACCCACCCCGAUACACACCUGGCCGAGAUUCUGAUGAAGACGCUGCUGAGGAACCUGGGCUUCUACACGGAUCAGGCAUUCGGAGAGCUGGAGAAAAACAGCGACAAGCUCCUACAAGGCACCUCCCCCUCGGACAGCAGCCAACCCGCCCACCUGCAUGAGCUGCUCUGCUCGCUGCAGAAACAGCUCUUGGCCUACUGCCACAUCAACAGUGUCACAGAGAACUCCAGCAGCGUGGCUCUACUGCAUAAGCACCUGCAGCUGCUGCUUCCUCACGCCACAGACAUCUUCUCCCGCUCUGCCACCCUGCUGAAGGAGAGCUCGGGGAAUGGCAGCGUCAGGGAGAAGCUCAGAGAUGUGGUCUACGUGUCAGCGGCCGGCAGCAUGCUGUGUCAGAUCAUUAACUCCCUGCUGCUGCUGCCUGUGUCAGUGGCACGCCCUCUGUUGGGCUUCCUGCUGGACCUGCUGCCUCCGCUGGACCGCCUCAACAGGCUGCUCCCUGCUGCCACCUUGCUGGAGGACCAGGAACUGCAGUGGCCCCUGCAUGGAACCCCAGACUCUGUGGACCCGGCGGGCCUGCCCCUCCCUCAGCCGGCCCAGUCGUGGGUGUGGCUGGUGGAUCUGGAGCGCACUGUGGCCCUGCUGGUGGGCCGCUGUCUAGGGGGGAUGCUGCAGGGCGCGCCCGCCUCCCCGGAGGAGUUGGAUACCAGCUACUGGCUCAAGACCCCACUCUUCAGCAACGGGCUGGAGAUGGACAUCCCCCAGCUGGAUAACUGCAUCAGCUCCUUGCUGGAAGUGGCCCUGUCAGGGAACGAGGAACAGAAACCCUUCGAGUGCGCCUUGCGUCCCGACAUGACCAUGUUAGUAGAUCUGGCCCUGGGAUCUACCAAGGAGCCCGCCAACAGCCUGUGGAUCAACAUGCAGGACUACGCCAUCAGCAAAGACUGGGACAAUGCCACUCUCAGCAGCGAGUCCCUGCUGGACACGGUGUCGAGAUUUGUCCUGGCAGCCCUGCUGAAGCACACGGGCCUGCUGAGCCAAGCCUGUGGGGAAGGGAGGUACCAACCCUGUAAGGCCCUAGCUGAGGUUUACCGCAGUGUGUACAAGGUCCGGAACCGCCUGCUGGCCUGCAAGAACAUGGAGCUCAUUCAGACUCGGUCAUCCUCCAGGGAGAGACGGGUUUCGGAUAACCAGGACUCCCUGGACAUGGACCCCCAGGAGCACUCCUUUACACGCACCAUUGAUGAGGAGGCAGAGCUGGAGGAGAGGGCAGACCGCGAACGGGAAGAGGGGCACCCGGAGCAGGACGACGAGGAGGACGAGAGGGAACACGAGGUCAUGACUGCAGGGAAAAUCUUUCAAUGUUUCCUCUCAGCGCGGGAAGCAGCCCGCAGCCGGGAGAGGGAGCGGGCUGGUAGCGCCGCUGGGCUGGGCUCCUCGUCCGGCCCGCGGGGGGGAGAGGAGGAGCCCCCGCAGUUGCAGGAGGACAGACGGGACAGCACGGGUCUGCCGGAGGGACAGGACCUGUACACGGCGGCGUGCAACUCGGUGAUCCACCGAUGCGCCCUGCUGGUGCUGGGGGUCAGUCAGGUGCAGGGGGACCUGCUCAAACAGCAGCAGCAGGAGGAGGGCCCCGCCCAGCCAGCCAGCGGGGGAACCCAGGAGGGCAUGGGCUUCAUGACCAGGAGCGAGAGCCUGACAGCUGAGAGCCGCUCCGUCCAGGCCAGCCCCAGCUACAGACUCAUCAAGUCCAGGAGCGAGUCAGACCUGUCGCAGCCCGAGUCUGACGAGGAGGGCUACACACUGAGCGGAAGGAGAAAUGUUGACUUGGACUUGGCUUCAUCCCACAAAAGGAGAGGAUUGCUGCACAGCUCUCCAGAUGCCUUGGCCGACUCCUGGUUCCGAGUCAAGCACGGACGGGACCGGCUCUACAGCUCUGUCCAUUUCUACGAGGAGUCCGAUCUGGACCUGAACAGGUCGCUGGGGGUACACGCCCUGAUCGAGAACAUGGUGAGCUUCGUCAGUGGGGACGUCGGCAACACGCCCGCCUUCAAGGAGCCUGAGGAGGGGAUGUCCACCAGUCCCCAGGGUGUUAUCAUCGCCAUGGAGCAACAGCAGAGUCGGGCGGAGCUGCGUCUGGAGGCCCUGCACCAGAUGGUGGUGCUGCUCUCCGGGAUGGAGGAGAAGAGCAGCCAGGCCGCGGGCGUGGGACGCUCCAGCCCGCCGUUCCAGUCCUCCUCCCUGCUCACCUCCGUCCGGCUGCAGUUCCUGGCCGGCUGUUUCGGCCUGGGAACCGUGGGCACCGGCGGCACCAAAGGGGAGAGCGUGCAGCUUCACCACUACCAGGAUGGGAUCAGAGCUGCCAAGAGGAACCUCCAGAUGGACAUACAAACAGCAGUGCAUAAGAUCUACCAACAGCUGUCUGUGACCCUGGAGAGGGCACUGCAGGCCAAUCAACAUCACUCAGAAGCCCAACAGCGCCUCCUGCUGGUGACAGUGUUUGCACUGAGCGUGCGCUACCAGCCGGUCGACGUGUCGCUGGCCAUCUCCAGCGGGCUACUGAACGUGCUGUCGCAGCUGUGUGGCACGGACACCAUGCUGGGCCAGCCCCUGCAGCUGCUGCAGAAGCCCGGGGUGUCCCAGCUUAGCACCGCCCUCAAGGUGGCCAGCACCCGACUUCUGCAGAUCCUGGCCAUCAGCACUGGGACGUAUGCCGACAAGCUGAGCCCCAAGGUGGUGCAGUCCCUGCUGGAUCUGCUCUGUAGCCAGCUGAAGAACCUGCUGUCUCAGGCUGGUGUCAGCCCACUGGCCACUGGCAAAGAGGAGGAAGAUGAGAAGUCUGAGGAAGGCUCUGACCCUGAGAAGAAGGACUUCAGAGCGCUUCUCCGCAAACAACACACGGCAGAGCUGCAUCUGGGAGACUUCCUCGUGUUCCUGCGCCGGGUUGUCUCCUCCAAAGCCAUACAGUCCAAGAUGGCCUCCCCUAAGUGGACCGAGGUGCUCCUGAACAUCGCCGCUCAGAAGUGCUGUUCAGGGGUUCCUCUGGUGGGGAACUUGCGAACGCGACUCCUGGCUCUUCAUGUGUUGGAAGCUGUCCUUCCGGCGUGUGAGUCCAGCGUGGAGGACGACCAGAUGACUCAGGUCGUGGAGCGCCUGUUCUCUCUGCUGUCCGACUGCAUGUGGGAGGCACCUAUCGCUCAAGCCAAGCAUGCCAUCCAGGUCAAAGAAAAAGAACAGGAGCUAAAGCUGCAGGGGGAGGCGGAGGAAGAGGAUGAGAACCUGCCCAUCCAGGAGGUGUCCUUCGACCCGGAGAAAGCGCAGUGCUGUGUGGUGGAGAACGGGCAGGGUCUGACGCACGGCAGCGGUGGAAAGGGCUACGGCUUGGCCUCCACAGGCAUCUCCUCUGGCUGCUACCAGUGGAAGUUCUACAUAGUGAAGGAGAACCGGGGUAACGAGGGCACCUGUGUGGGCGUGUCCCGUUGGCCUGUGCACGACUUCAACCACCGCACCACGUCAGACAUGUGGCUGUACCGCGCCUACAGCGGAAACCUGUAUCACAAUGGCGAGCAGACCCUCACCCUGUCCAGCUUCACUCAGGGCGACUACAUCACCUGUGUGUUGGACAUGGAGGCCCGCACCGUGUCCUUUGGAAAGAAUGGAGAGGAGCCCAAAUUAGCCUUUGAAGACGUGGAUGCCACUGAGCUGUACCCCUGUGUGAUGUUCUACAGCAGCAACCCUGGAGAGAAGGUGAAGAUAUGCGACAUGCAAAUGAGGGGCACCCCGCGUGACCUGUUGCCAGGAGACCCCAUCUGCAGCCCCGUGGCGACGGUGCUGGCGGAGGCCGCCACCCAGCUGAUCCGCAUCCUGCACCGCACCGACCGCUGGACGCACUGCAUCAACAAGAACAUGAUGGAGCGGCUGCACAAGAUCAAGGCCUGCUUCCGAGAGGGCGGGGGCCCCGGGGGUGGCGGGGGAGCGCAGCGGCUGCGGAAGAGCCGUUCUGUCCAGAGCAGGGAGGAGCACGAUGCCCGGCCGGAGCAGAGGGAGGAGGAGAAGGGGCGGCACAGCCGGCACGGCCUGGGCGACCUGUCCGAGGCCCAGCUGAAGACCCUCUGCACGGAGGUGUGGCCCGUGUUGGCGGUCAUCGGAGGGGCGGACGCUGGCCUGCGAGUGGGCGGCAGGUGUGUCCACAAGCAGACGGGCCGGCACGCCACCCUGCUGGGCGUAGUCAAGGAGGGCAGCACCUCUGCCAAGGUGCAGUGGGACGAGGCGGAGAUCACCAUCAGCUUCCCAACUUUUUGGUCGCCUAGUGACACCCCCUUGUACAACCUGGAGCCCUGCGAGCCCCUGCCGUUCGACGUCUCCCGAUUCCGUGGCCUCACCGCCUCCCUGCUGCUGGACCUCACCUACCUGACCAGCAUCCACGAGGACGCGGGCAAGCCCAGCGCCCGCCGGCACGAGAAGAGGCACCGUCACGAGUCUGAGGAGAAGGCGGAGCCUGAGCAGAGGGCGGAGCCGGAGAGCUCCCGGGAGACGGGCGACCUGAGGGUGUCCCACAGCCUGGACGAGGUCAAAGCCCACGCCGCCAACUCCAAGUCGGAGAGCGAGAUCACCUCCUUCUCGCUGGACUCCCAGCAGGCGCCCGCCGAGGCCAAGAGGAGGUCGCACGAGCAUGGGGGCAGCCGGAGCCACGACACGGCGCAGGCCCAGUCGGAGAUGCGUGCAGUGCAGCUCUCCUACCUCUACCUGGGCGCCAUGAAGACGCUGAGCGCCCUUCUCAGCUGCAGCCGCUACGCCGAGCUCCUGCUGGUGCCCAAGGCGUUGACGGAGAGCGGGCACAACGCCGACUGCGCUGGCUCGCCCGUACUGCAGGAGGAAGUAGAGAUGCGGGCGGCGCUGCAGUUCCUCAUGCGGCACAUGGUGAAGAGGGCAGUGGUGCGCUCGCCCAUCAAGCGUGCCCUGGGGCUGGCCGACCUGGAGAGGGCUCAGGCCAUGAUCUACAAGCUGGUGGUGAACGGGCUCCUGGAGGAACAGUACGGAGGCAAAGUCAAGCCUGAGGCGGACCCAGAGGUCGAGGAGACAGAGGGCGGUCAGCAGGCUCAGACCCCAGUCACCACCAGCCCCUCCGCCUCCAGCACCACCUCCUUCAUGAGCAGCUCUCUGGAGGACACCACCACAGCCACCACCCCUGUGACGGACACUGAAACCGUGCCGGCCUCCGAGUCACCUGGUGUGAUGCCUCUGAGCCUGCUGAGGCAAAUGUUCUCCAGCUACCCGACCACCACUUUGCUCCCCACUCGCCGAGCACAGACCCCGCCGGUGUCAUCUCUCCCCACCUCACCCUCAGACGAGGUGGGCAGGAGGCAGAGUCUGAGCUCCCCAGACUCCCAGCCCACCAGGCCAGCCAAUCGCACAGGUACAUCCCUGUCGGACCCCAGCAGCAGACUGUCCACCUCUCCUCCCCCUCCUGCCAUCGCCGUGCCCCUGCUGGAGAUGGGCUUCUCCCUGCGCCAGAUCUCCAAGGCCCUGGAGGCCACAGGGGCCCGAGGAGAAGCAGACGCCCAGAACAUCACGGUGCUGGCCAUGUGGAUGAUCGAGCACCCUGGCGAGGAUGAGGAGGAGUCCCACACAGGCGGGGGCGCGGACUCCUGCCCCGGGGCCAUGGCCCUGGGAGGAGGGGGCAAGUCCAUGGACCGGAGUUACCUGCGCUCGCCUGCGGACAUCCCCAGCGCCGACGCUGCCGAGAUGGAGGAGGGGUUCAGCGAGAGCCCGGAGAGCUUGGAUCAGGACACCGGCUCUGCCUCGAGCGGCCCCACCCCCAGGGGGCGCUCUGCUGUCAGCAGGAAGCACCGCUUUGACCUGGCUGCGCGGACACUGUUGUCCCGCGCUGCCGGUCUGUACCGCUCGGUCCAGGCCCACCGCAGUCAGAGCCGACGGGAUGGCUCCACACUGCAGCAGGACCCUGGCACCCUGUACGACUUCAACCUGGACGAGGAGCUGGAGAUGGACCUGGACGAGGAGACCAUGGAGGCCAUGUUCGGCCAGGACCUGGCCAGUGACACCGACAUUCUGGGAAUGUGGAUCCCGGAGGUACUGGACUGGCCAACAUGGCACGUGUGCGAGACCGAGGACCGCGACGAGGUGGUGGUGUGCGAGCUGUGCGAGGCCAGCGUGGCCAACUUCAACCAGCACAUGAAGAAGAACCACCCGGGCUGCGGCCGCAGCGCCAACCGCCAGGGUUACCGCAGCAACGGCUCCUACGUGGACGGCUGGUUCGGCGGGGAGUGUGGCAGCGGCAACCCGUACUACCUGCUGUGCGGUGCCUGCAGGGAGAAGUACCUGGCCGUGAAGAGCAAGGCGAAGGUGUCAGUGCCGGAAAGAUACAAGGGCCAGGCUCCAGAUCUGCUUGGGAAGCAGGACAGUGUGUAUGAAGAGGACUGGGACAUGCUGGAUGUGGAUGAGGAUGAGAAGCUCACAGGGGAGGAGGAGUUUGAGCUGCUGGCUGGGCCACUGGGCCUGAGUGAGCGCAGGGUGGUUCCAGAGGCUGUGCAGUUCCCCGACAGCGACCCACUUGGCGCCUCCGUCGCCAUGGUCACAGCUACCAACAGCAUGGAGGAGACCUUACUACAGAUCGGCUGUCAUGGCUCUGUGGAGAAGAGCUCCUCUGGCAGGGUGACCCUGGGCGAGCAGGCCGCCGCCCUGCUGAACCCUCACGACCGGGUCAUGGCCCUGAAGAGGGUGACCGCAGCUGCCCAGGUGUUGCUGGCCAGGACCAUGGUGAUGAGGGCACUGUCCCUGCUCUCUGUCAGUGGGUCCAGCUGCAGCCUGGCAGCAGGGCUGGAGUCCCUGGGUCUGACUGACAUCAGGACCCUGGUACGACUGAUGUGCCUGGCUGCUGCCGGGCGCGCCGGCCUCUCCACCAGCCCGCCGGCUGGCCCAGGGGCUUCGGAGCGGCCCCGCGGGGCCACCAAGGCCAGCAAGCCCAUCUCCUGCCUGGCCUACCUCAGCACGGCUGUGGGCUGCCUGGCAUCCAACAGCCCCAACGCUGCCAAGCUGCUCGUCCAGCUCUGCACACAGAAUUUGAUCUCGGCCGCCACCGGUAUGAAUCUGACCACCGUGGACGACCCCAUUCAAAGGAAGUUCCUUCCCAGUUUCCUCAGAGGAGUAGCUGAGGAAAACAAACUGGUGACCUCGCCCAACUUUGUCGUCACCCAGGCUCUGGUAGCCCUGCUGGCUGACAAAGGGGCCAAACUGAGGCCCAACUAUGACAAGACAGACAUCGAGAAGAGAGGUUUUGUAGCGCAUUUGUAUGCCCAUCCUUCAUAUAAUCCUUCCGCUGUAGGCCCCCUGGAGCUGGCCAAUGCACUGGCGGCCUGCUGCGUGUCCACACGCCUGUCCUCGCAGCACCGCCAGUGGGCCGCCCAGCAGCUGGUCCGCACGCUCGCUGCGCACGACCGCGACAACCAGAGCCGACCGCAGACCUUCGCCGACAUGGCGGGGGAUCUGCGAAAGUGCUCUUUCAUCAAGCUGGAGGCGCAUCAGAGCAGGGUCAUCACUUGUGGCUGGUGCAGCAGGAAAGGUCUCCUAGCCACCAGUGGCAAUGAUGGAACAGUCAGGGUGUGGAACGUGACCAAAAACCAGUACACACUUCAGCAGACCUGCAUCUUCAACAAAACGGACGGGGCAGCGGAUGAGGGGUUGGGCUGUCUCGGCUCUCCAGGGGACCCCAGCCUGUCCCCUGUCUCCUGGAGCGUCAGUGGAAAGUAUCUGGCCGCUGCCAUGGAAAAAAUGGUCAACAUUUGGCAAGUCAACGGGGGGAAAGGCCUGCUGGAUGUCCAGCCUCACUGGGUGUCCACCCUGGCCUGGCCAGAGCAUGAGCCCAUGUCCCUGUGGUCAGGGGAGCCCGUGGAGCUGCUGCUGGUGGGGCGCAUGGACGGCUCUCUGGGCAUGAUUGAAGUGGCCGACGCCUCCACCAUGCAGAGGGUGGAGCUGGAGCACUGCUACAGGAAGGAUGUGGCUGUCAUGCACAUUGCCUGGUAUAGUGAAGACAAGCCCUUUGCCGUUGGAUAUGCUGAUGGAAAGCUUCUGAUUGGUUCUAAAGAACCACUGGAGAAAGGAGCCAUUGUGGUUAUAGAUGCACACAAGGAGUCCAUCACCUGUAUGAAGUGGGAUCCCAGCGGUCAGAUCCUCCUGACCUGCGCCAAGGAGGAGACGGUAAAGCUGUGGGCCUGUCUGCGUCCCGGUGGAGGCUGGCGGUGCCUGCAAGCCCUCACCCACCCCGCCACGGUGAACGGCGUGGCCUGGUGUGGCCUGCCAGGGCAGGGCCCCAAGCCCCUCAGCAUGCUGGCAACAUGCUGCCAGAAUGGUUUGGUUUGCGUCUGGACCAUUCCUCAGGACGCUUGCGACUUCCCAGAAUCCAGCUCCAGCAGCUCCGACGGAUGGUGGGAAAUGGAAACAAAAUCAAAGAUAAAGCGCACUUACAGAAGACCGAACAGUGCCGUGUGCGUGUUUCAGCUGAAGGGACACAUCACGCCCGUCCGGAUGGUGGCGUUCAGUCCCGAUGGGCUGGCCCUGGUGUCUGGAGGUGUUGGUGGCCUCAUGAACAUCUGGUCCCUGCGGGAUGGCUCGGUGCUUCAGACCAUAGUGGCCGGGUCUGGCGCCAUUCAGAACAUCGUCUGGAUCCCAGACGUCGGAGUGGCAGUCUGCUCUAACCGAUCAAAGGAUGUGCUGGUGGUGAACUGCACGCCGGAGUUCAUAGCCAACAAUCACGUUCUGGCCACCUGCAGAACGGCCCUGAAAAAGCAGGGGGUUGUGGGAUUGAAUAUGGCACCCUGCAUGAGGGCUUUCCUGGAGCGGCUUCCAAUGAUGUUGCAGGAGCAGUAUGCAUAUGAGAAGCCUCACGUGGUGUGUGGAGAACAGCUGGUCCACAGCCCUUACAUGCAGUGCCUGGCGUCCCUGGCUGUGGGACUGCACCUGGAUCAGCUGCUGUGCAGCCCGCCUGUGCCCCCCCACCUCCGACACUGCCCCCUAGACCCAGGCGCCUGGAACCCCAGUGAGUGGGCCUGGCUGGACUGCUUCUCCACCACUGUUAAGGCUGCAGAGGCACUGGCCCGUGGAGCCACCUUCCCAGAAUCCUUCACUGUUCCCGACCUGGAGCCAGUGCCCGAGGACGAGCUGGCCCUGAUCAUGGACAACAGCAAAUGGGUCUCUGGAAUGGAUGAGCAGAUUAUGUCCUGGGCUACAUCCAGACCAGAGGACUGGCACCUGGGAGGGAAGUGUGACGUGCUGUUGUGGGGGGCCGGACGCCAUGGACAGCUGGCAGAGGCUGGCAGAAAUACUCUGGUGCCCACCAUAGCGCCUUCCUUCUCCCAGGCCCAACAGGUGGUGUGUGGCCAGAACUGCUCCUUCGUGAUCCAGGCCAAUGGCACCGUGUUGGCGUGUGGGGAAGGCAGCUACGGCCGGCUGGGACAAGGCAACUCCGACGAUCUGCACGUGCUCACUGUCAUCUCAGCCCUGCAGGGCUUCGUGGUGACCCAGCUGGUGACAUCUUGCGGUUCGGACGGCCACUCCAUGGCGUUGACCGAGAGCGGGGAAGUGUUCAGCUGGGGUGACGGUGACUACGGCAAGCUGGGCCACGGGAACAGCGACCGUCAGCGGCGACCGCGGCAGAUAGAGGCGCUGCAGGGAGAGGAAGUGGUGCAGAUGUCUUGUGGGUUCAAGCAUUCAGCUGUGGUGACUGCAGACGGCAAGCUGUUCUCGUUUGGAAAUGGCGACUACGGGCGACUGGGCCUGGGGAACACAUCCAACAAGAAGCUCCCAGAGAGGGUGACGGCGCUGGAGGGGUACCAGGUUGGACAGGUGGCCUGCGGCCUGAAUCACACGCUUGCCGUUUCGGCUGACGGCAUGAUGGUUUGGGCUUUCGGAGACGGAGACUACGGGAAGCUAGGCCUGGGAAAUUCUACCGCAAAAUCCUCCCCACAGAAGGUGGACGUCCUUUGCGGAAUUGGAAUUAAGAAAGUGGCCUGUGGCACACAGUUCUCCGUGGCCCUGACUAAGGAUGGCAAUGUCUAUACAUUUGGGCAAGAUCGUCUUAUUGGCUUGCCGGAGGGCAGGGCCCGGAACCACAACAGACCCCAGCAGGUGCCUGCCCUGUCAGGGAUCUUCAUCGAGGACAUCGCCGUGGGGGCGGAACACACGCUGGCGCUGUCCUCCACGGGUGACGUCUACACCUGGGGCAGCAACUCGGAGGGCCAGCUGGGUCUUGGCCACACCAACCACGUAAGAGAGCCCACGCUGGUUACCACUCUUCAGGGGAAGAAUAUCCACCAGAUCUCUGCUGGCCGUUGCCAUAGCGCUGCAUGGACCGCUCCAUCUGUCCCGCCCAGAGCCCCCGGCUCCUCUGUGCCCCUGCAGUUGGGGCUGCCCCUGGCAGUGCCCCCACAGUACAGCGCCCUGAAGGAGGUCAGCAUGGAGGCCGUCCGUGCCAGGCUCCGUCUCCUUUACCAUUUCUCUGACCUCAUGUACUCUUCCUGGAGACUGCUCAACCUCAGUCCUAACAACCAGAGCUGCACCUCGCACUACAACGCGGGAACAUGGGGCAUCGUCCAGGGCCAGCUGAGGCCGCUGCUGGCCCCACGCGUGUACACACUGCCCAUGGUGCGCUCCAUCGGCAAAACCAUGGUGCAGGGCAAGAACUAUGGCCCUCAGAUCACCGUCAAGAGGAUAUCCACCCGGGGGCGCAAGUGUAAGCCCAUCUUCGUGCAGAUCGCCCGGCAGGUGGUCAAGCUGAACGCCUCGGACCUGAGGCUGCCCUCACGCGCCUGGAAGGUGAAGCUGGUGGGCGAGGGGGCGGACGACGCCGGGGGCGUGUUCGACGACACCAUCACAGAGAUGUGCCAGGAGCUGGAGACGGGGGUCGCCGACCUGCUCAUCCCCUCCCCUAAUGCCACAGCUGAAGUGGGCUACAACAGAGACAGGUUCCUGUUCAACCCCUCGGCCUGCCUGGACGAGCACCUCCUGCAGUUCAAGUUCCUGGGAAUCCUGAUGGGCGUGGCCAUCCGCACCAAGAAGCCGCUGGACCUGCACCUGGCGCCGCUGGUGUGGAAGCAGCUCUGCUGCAUCCCGCUGCUCCUGGAGGACCUGGAGGAGGUGGACCUGCUCUACGUCCAGACCCUCAACAGCAUUCUUCACAUUGAAGACAGCGGCAUCACCGAGGAAAAUUUCCAUGAGAUGAUCCCCCUCGACUCAUUCGUCGGCCAGAGCGCAGACGGAAAGAUGGUUCCCAUAAUCCCCGGAGGAAACAGCAUCCCCCUCACCUUCUCCAACAGGAAGGAGUACGUGGAGCGGGCCAUCGAGUACAGGCUGCACGAGAUCGAUCGCCAAGUGGCCGCGGUGCGUGAGGGCAUGUCCUGGAUUGUCCCCGUGCCUCUACUGUCCCUUCUCACGGCCCGGCAGCUGGAGCAGAUGGUGUGCGGCAUGCCCGAGAUCUCGGUGGACGUGCUGAAGAAGGUGGUGCGCUACCGCGAGGUGGACGAGCAGCACCAGCUGGUCCAGUGGUUCUGGCAGACCCUGGAGGAGUUCUCCAACGAGGAGCGCGUCCUGUUCAUGCGCUUCGUCUCUGGCCGGUCCCGCCUGCCCGCCAACACCGCCGACAUCUCUCAGAGGUUCCAGAUCAUGAAAGUGGACAGGCCAUACGACAGUCUGCCCACCUCCCAGACCUGCUUCUUCCAGCUACGUCUGCCCCCAUACUCCAACCAGGCGGUCAUGGCCGAGAGACUGCGAUACGCCAUCAACAACUGCCGUUCCAUCGACAUGGACAACUAUAUGCUCUCCCGCAACGUUGACAACGCAGAGGGUUCAGACACAGACUAUUGAUAAGACGUGAUCAAACACCACCUAACACCAUGCCCCCCCUCUCCCUUGAAAAUGGUAGAGGGGGAUGUCAGAUAUCUGAGUUGUGUCACUAAACAAGUAGGAACUCUAGGGCAUAAAACCCAUUUAUGAUACUGAUGACUUUUUGAGUAUUCAGUGUACUUGCGAACAUAAUCAAUUCAGUGUUUUUAUUUCACCUUGUGGUUUAUUAGCAAUUAAAACGAUCGACACAAGCAGUGAAUUGAGUAUUUUUUGGUUUUUCUUUGCUCCAUCCUAUUUUCAGGGUUCUUUUUUUUAAGUUUGCAUGGAGGAAUGUUUUAAUUUGUUGGGAAAUGUGUAUAGGUUAACCAGCCCAA